UCGACCAUAUCGAAUUGAAGCCGACCGAACGGAACCAACUUUGAGGCAAAAGUGCGUUACGGUUCCGCCAAUUAAUAUCGAUGACACAGCAAAUCAGUGUCAAUCAAGGUGUGGGAAAACGACACGAAUUUCCACAAAUAUGCGCCGGCAAAUAGAAUCGUCGGACGCUAUAAUGAGCCAUAUCAGCGAACAAAUAUUAAACACGCCGCCAGCCACUGGAAUGGGAAAUGGCCAAAACAAUGAGCAGCAGCAUCAUGAUCAUCAUCAUCCCCAGCAGCAGCAGCAGCAGCACUUGAGUAAAUAGAAAAUCAGUGUUCAGAAUCAAUACAGAAUCAAUAUAAAUAGUGCGGAGCGAUAGACAGAAAUUGAUUGUCAACAUUAUUCGCUGUCGCGCAGAGCGAUAAAAACCCGAGUAGCAGCGGCAACAAAAGCCAUCGGAGCAUUGAAAGCCGGCAAACAAAGCCAAAUCCCCCAGCGAGAAUGGGAGGCAAGCACCAAGGAUCCGGAGCGGGAAUCUCCUCCUCCGGGGGAGGUGGUGGAGGCGGGAGCCUCAACUCGAGCCUGUGCAACUCGGUGAUGACGAGUGCCACCACGGCCAGCAGCAGUCUCACUCAGCAGCAGCAGCAGCUGCAGGCCAAGUACAUCAAGUCGAAGCGCCACCAGAGCCGCUACACCAGCCUCCAGCAUUCCGGCCACGAUUCCGGCAGCUAUCUGCACCUCAACUCGCUCUGGUCCAUCUGGUACGGAGUGCUGCUGACCCUCUUCCAGGGCUACUUGGCCAUGCACGGGGCCUACAGGUUCCUGGGCUGCUCACUGAUACCCUGGAAAAUCGAGCCUGUGGCAGAGCUGAAUCUGCAAAUUGUGCUCUCUGGAGUUGUGUUCAUCCUCCUGCCGGUCUUUUUCACUUCGGCAGUGUUCAAGGUUGGAAACUUGGCAAACGACGGCAUCAAAUUGGCCACCGGCGCAAGGGAGCGGCGCUGCACUCUGUCGCCGCACGAUGGCCUGGAGGAGGAGUCGCGGGGCGGAACCCUGCGAGCCCUUUGGACCCACGGCGGACCGACGGCGGCCUUCGUCCACAUCCUGAUUGCCCUGUGCCUGCUCCUGCCGCGCCUGCUGCUCGAGGCUCGCAUCAUUGAGAACGGAUUGCUGCCAAAAGAGCAAAUUUGGGCCACUGAAUUGGACUUUGUUGUGAUCAAUCGACGCAAUUUGAUGGCCAUGUCGGUGGUGGGGGCCACGCCACCCUUCCCCAGGCAGCAGCACCACCAGCAGGAGCAGCACCACCAAACCAGAUUGAACCUGACCGCAAACAGCUUGGAGCAGGACGAGGAGGACUACUUCAACGAUACGAUGUUCACGGCCAUUCGAGGAGCCCAGCCAGCCGGGGGCAAUAACAAUUUGUUCGACCUGCGACCCGAUAAGGCAAGUGGCAGAAAGGCGGCCAAGACGACGGCAACAACGAAGGCGAGGACAACGAGCACCACCUCCACAUCCACAUCCACCACCAAACUGGAUGCGGGCAAGGGCCAAUACUUUGAAGUGCCCGAUUUAAUUAAUCAAGAUAUCGACGAGGAGGAGCGUCAGGAACUCGAGGAAGCGAUGCGUGGCGAGGAUGGGGAUGCUGAUGAAGACGGGGAGGGUUUCGUCGAAGAGGGGACCGUCAUCAUGCCCGAUUUUGAUGAGCUGCCGCCAAGAACCGCAGUUGGCACGACAACCACAACAUCAGCCUCCUCGGAUGCCGGCAAGUUGGAUGUGGAAAAUUGGCAAAAGCUGGGAACCCUGGGCAAAGAGACCACAACAACCAGCUCUAGUACAACACCAUCUACAACCAGCACCACUACAACAACUACGACGACAACAACAACCACGGCUGCAACGACAACAAGUAGUAGCACCACCACGCAAAAACCUGUUGAUGUAACAACCAGCCGACAGCCACAUCACCACCAUGGCAAAACCCGCAAACACCACAAACAUCACAACAAACAGAAGCAGCAGCAACCGCGUCGCCACCACGUGGCCUCCCACGAGCAGGUGAUCCUCGAGAGCUUCUCGCCGUCGUUGGGGCAGGAGGAGGAGACCACCACCCGCGACAGCAGCAUCCAUCGAGUGAGGCCCGAAGUGCUGCCGGAGCUACCAAUUCCCUCGACUCCAGUUUCGGCCUCCAAUUCCAAGAUCAUUGCCAUCAAGCCGAAGAACCAGAAGCGUAGGAUUUCCAAACGGGCGGCGGGUGUAGAAAUUGAACCGGAAUAUUUGCUUGGCGAUGCCAAUAUAAAUUCCAGUGAAUUUGUGGCCAAAUCGAAUGAGGAGGAGCCGCUAGCCGAGGAGAGCGAGGAUUUCGAGCUGGAGGAUGGUGAUUUUCAGGCUGUGCCCGCCUUGACUCCCUCACCGCCGGCGGCACCAAGUGGCCCGAAGGCUGGGCAGGAUUACGUCCGGUUGGAUGGCUUUGCCGGAAUGCUGCAACUCUUCUUCGGCAUCGAUAAGCCCAUCGAUGUGGCCAUUUUCUCCCAGCCACCCAGUGCCGAGUUUGUCAAUCUGCUGUGCGCAUUGCUGGUCUGGUCAGUUAGAUAUCCGGCGGUCUUUUGGAACACCUCCAAGGCCUUUGCCUGCGUCUUUAGCCUCCAGAUGGUGGUGGCCGCUUUGGACAUUAUCCUCGGCUAUGUGGGCGUCUCGAAUCUGUACAAGCUGCAGAUCUACGCCGAGGCCAUGCCAGUCCAUCAGCCCGGGCUCAUCCUAAACGCAGUGGUCACCCUGGCCCUGUACCUUCUGGCCACCGCCUUGGUGCUGGCCUCCUCGAUGGUCAUGUACUUGUACGGACACGGUCGCCUGGCCACGCGAAUGCGGGAUCGCUCGAUCAUCACCCUGAAGAGCCACCAGACCUGGAUCUACUUCGCCCACUGCGCCUCCCUGUGCUUCGUCCUCGCCUUGGCGGUGGUGAAGGCGCCGCUUCUCAACGAUCUCAGCGCCACCUACAAGAACAACCUGCAUUGCCCCACUUUCCUGGCGGCUCUCGUCGGAGUGACGCACCUGCUGCUGUGGAUUGUCAUCUGGCUGUGCCUGACCAUCAAGCGUCGCUGGCACUUUAAGCUGCCGCCACUGGACAGCACCUACGGCGGCCUGCUGGGCAAGUCGAGUGCCCAGCCGCUCCUGAUGUCCAGCGGCCAGCGGACGGGUAGCAACUCGAGCAGCAGCGGCUGCAAUUCCACCAGCACCACGGUGAACGGAGGCGACUCCAAGCCGGACAUGAUGAGCACGGCCACCAGCACGGAACUGGGAAUGGGAAUGGGUGGGGGCAUGGGUAUUAACGGAGGCAUGGGCAUGGGCAUGGGCGGCACUGGAAUGGGUCUGGCCGCCCAGGAGGACAUCUAUUGGCCCAAGCUGACGCCCAGCUCGCCCAAGCUGAAGGUCACCUUCAACGAAGUUACGAGUACGUCUGAUGAUGUCCUACUAAUUGGUGACCAAGAACAAACUGAUGGCAAGCGCCAUACGAGCCGUGGAGCCUCGAUAUGUUUUGCCAGUGCUGCGGGGGAAGCUGACGACGGCGAGUACGCGACACUAAGGGCGGCCACCGCCGGAGCCGUCGUGGGCAUCACCAUGGGCAUGAAGAGGGGCGUUAGCAACACCUCGGUGGGGGUCAGCCUGCUCCACCUCUCGGAGUACGACGAGCUUCCACCGCCGCCGCCGGCCAACCAUCAUCAUAAUCACCAGCAGCAGCAGCAGCAACGGCAGACGCAAUCCUUUGCCCAUGGACAUCCCCACGACUAUGCAAAUCUCAGCGGAUUGGGUGGCAUCAGCGACGACAAUAUCUCCGAGGAGGGCAAGCUGCUGGCCUGUGUGCGCGACGACAGCAUUACGUACGCCUCCACCAGGGACCUGGAGCCGCCGCAGCCUUCGACUCAGGCACCGCCACCACCGCCGCCGUUGCCCAUGAAGGGAGCCCCAGUGCCUCAGCCACCAGCGGUACUGCCCCAUUCCACCGGCAUCUACGGUCGUGCCCCUCAAGCGAUGCCCGAGAUGAUGCAGUUGUCGCCCGACCAGCACCACCACAAUCCACUUCAGCACUCGCAUCCUCUCCAGCAGAAGCAGCUACAGCAGCAGUCGCAUCAGCAGCACCAGCAGCCACCACAGCAUCCUCUCCAGCAACAGAGCAAUCCGCAGCAGCAUCUAGUCAGCCCCUUGGCUCCGGUCACGGUCGCCGUUCACACCAACGAAGCGCAUAUCGCCUCCAGUUCCACACCCCGCUGCCUGCGACGCGCCGAUUCGGGCGUUCCCAACGAGGCGUUGACGCCCCGCAGCGACACCACCUCCACCACCGAGAGCACCAACACCACCUCGCCGCCGGAACGCGCCCCCUCCGAGUCCUCCAGUGGCGUCCAUUCGGGCGAGGAGCGUGAGCUUGAGGUCAUCAUCCGGCCGCGGGCCAACAGCAAGCCACCGCCACGCCCCCCGCAGCCGCCCAUCCAGGAGGAGCCCUACGGUCGGUGCACCAAUAUGCGCAUGUCCAGCUUUAAUGCCGAUCCCUUGGCCAGCAGCACCGCUGCUGCCUCCUCGUCGUCGGUCAUCAAUAGUGCCACGCUGCCGCUGCAGCGUUCGGUGCCGGAGCAAAAGUUCGACUAUACGGCUCACUGCAGCACGAUGCCGCUGCCGGUGGGCUGCCACAGCCAGCAGCUCGCCGGAUAUGCCUCCACCUCGGCGAUGACCAGUUCCAUGGGUCCAUCGCUACCGCCGCCGCCGCCAUCGCAGGUCUCCAGCUUCAUGACUCCGAGCAGCAGCGGCAGCAGCAUGCACUACGCCAAUGCCUCGGUGGCCAUGGGAGGUGUUGGUCAACAGGCGCCGCACACCACGCUGCCCAAUGGAGUGCGCUACUCCAAUCCGCACUUCCUGCGCCGCCUGCCCCAUGUGACCAAGGCGGCGGAGUCGCCCUAUGGACACCUGGGCUACGGAGCCGGUCAUCAUGCCUUCGCCAAGCUGCCGCACGAGACGCAUCCCACCAUUCCGGAGGAUCGCGACUCGGCCAACUACUCGAUGGCCUCCGACCAGGAUUGCGGACUGUAUGUGACGGCCCAGCUGCACUAGGAUGGCUCCUCUAUUAUACUAUGAAACCCCCUAAAUCCGUACUAUUCAAAGUUUAUAGAGUGACCCAUAGCAUUACCCAUAACCUUCUAAGUUAGCCUCUCGGUUUUUGUACAGCUCCGGCCCCCAGAGAAGCCAUACCAAAUCCACUAAUCUUCCAAAGGAUCAGCUGGUUACCUAAUCCCCCAAUGAAUUACAUUAUUCUUCAUUUGCUUCGACGCCUUGACGAUGAUCCACUCAAGUAUGUAGCGCUAACUGCCACUCAGAUGACCCACAAAAAAGAAAAAAUUGAACCUAAAAAACUAUAUCUACAUCCAAACUACACCUACAUCUACGGCUAAAUCUAAAUCUAAAUAUAUAUUUAUAUUUAUACAUGCUAUGCUCGUAUACAAUGUGUAAGAUAAUAAGCUAAUCGUGUUUAAGUAAUCAAUGUAAACUAAAGUUUAUCAUAUCAUAUAUGAAUGAAUAUCGGAUAGCUAAGUGUAAGACCCUAACCAAUAUUAUAACUGAAAGGAAUAAAAUAUCAUAGCUCGAUCAUGUGCAAGCACUCAAAGUAUUUUCCCCUAAGCAAUUUCUCUUAUCGAAACUAAAGC